UGGAGAUGACGCAAACGGACCCAGCUCCCCAAAAAAGUGUUUUAAGACAAACAUGGCCGCAACUUAACCCAGGUCCAAGAUGACUGUGGCCAUUGGGAGAAAAUAUCCAAGGCACUCUGCCCAGAUCCGGACCGGAAAGAUCACCUGGCGUACAAUCAAACUGCUUUUGAUUUCUCAUAACUGAAUCCGGGAAACGACAAUAGUACAGGCAGCAGCAUCGAGAGGCUCGCAACGGCUGGUGUCUCUCUGCGCGCGAGCACAACCCGGGAGAGCAGAAGAGAGGGAGCGGGGCGCGAGGCAUGCGGUUACAGAGAACGCGGUUUCCCCCCGGAGAGCCAUGGAGAACGGGGAUGCCGCAGCGCAAGGCUUAAUCUGUGCGGGCGCACUAAUUGGAUCGGAAUAGCACACCGACGGGGUCGGGCGGGAGAGAGGAGCGCCCAGGACCGACGGCGGCACGGCAGCCCCCCGUUACCGAGGAGAAAUAACCGGAGACCAUCUCCCCAAGUCAAUGAGUAUAGUGGCAGAGGAGCCCCCGCGGUGGAGUCGGCCAGAGCUGCGCUUUUCCUAAAAUAUGACCAGGGGUGCUUGGAUGUGUCGGCAGCAAGAUGACGGCUUAAAAAUCUGGUUUGCACCCCGAGAGAACGAGAAGCCAUUUACCGAGUCGGAGCGGGCCCAGAGAUGGCGCCUGUCGCUGGCCUCUCUUCUCUUCAUCACGGUCCUGCUCUCUGAUCACUUGUGGUUUUGCGCCGAGGCUAAACUGACGAGGACCCGAGACAAGCGGCAGGACAAGCAGCUCGCCUUUACAGACAUGGCCGAGUACCUAAACUCGACUCACCACCACCACAUCCCCUCCUCUGACUCCCAUUCCCCCCACAGCCGCCUAACCAGAGAGCCAGAUGUUAUUUUUAUAGGGAAUUCUACCAAACCUCUGUGGCGACUGGACAUAUGUCAUCCGGACAGCCUGUCUAAAGACUGCUUCACUUUCACGGACGCAGAGCCGGUGUGCCUGGGCCUGUCCAGGGGCGUGGAGGACGGGACGCAGUCGGCGGACGUGAAUCUGAGCGAUUUAUAUCUUUCUUUUUGUAAUUCCUACUCUCUUUUGGAUUUGUUUAGCGGGUUUACGAGUCCGGACAAUAUAAACUGCAGCCUGGACGUGGCUGAGGGAGACACGCUGGGAUGCAGCAAGUGUGUCCACGCUUACCAGCGCUUUGACCGUCAAGCUCAGGAGGACUACCAGGAGUUUGAGCUGCUGGUUGAGAAGUAUGAGACGGAUGAAUACUCGGUCAGGACAUGUAUGGAAGAAUGCAAGACGGUAUAUAAGCCCUGGCUGUGCUCGCAGUACUUCCAGACCACCCAGAUGCACUGCAGUAAGAGGAUCCCGUGUGGCCAGUACUGUCUGGAGGUGCAGCAGAGGUGUCCCUAUAUACUGCCUGACAACGACGAUCUCAUCCACGGAGGAAGCCCCAGUUUUAUAUGCACAGGGCUGUUGGAGGAGUACCCUGGGGGCGUGGAUGCAGACGCAGAGUGCUGUGAUGUCUGGUGGGACUUCCAGCCGGAAGCGGACAACAACCGUUCCCGGGGGACCCUUAAAAGAACUCACCCGUCCUGUCACCACCGUACCUCUCUCAGUUCUUCGGCCGCAUGCAGACUGUGCAACAGCCGGCUCAAACUCUGCCUGCUAGUCCUGGUCCUCCUGCACACUGUCGCCUCCCUCACCGCAUCCCACAAUGCAACAGGACUGGGCCUGGGCCUCCCCGCCUCCCUCGCCCCUCUGGAGGAGAGUUCCCCCGCCAACGAGGAGUGAUGGGAUGGCUGAGGAUUUACGUUGUCAUGGCAACCCACGCGGCUACGAGGAUAUGAAACAUCUCUGCCUCGGUCAGGAAUGCUAUGUGCUGUGGACGGGACGUCUGCAGCCGCCGUGCUUUCUGGGUAAUGGAGUCUUUCCGGAGGUGUGGGACGUGCAAAUCAAUCAAAACAAACAGACUAACAAACAAACAAAGAGACAAAAAACAUGACAGUGGCGGGAACGUGGGACAAUGCCACAGCCUUUGUUGACUGCGAAGGCCUCCUCACUGCUGAGUUUCUCUCACUGCUCUUUUUUACACUGUGUUCCUGUUCUGGCUUUUUGUUGCACUGGCUGACUACAGGAUAACAUUCACUCUCCUCCUUUUAGAAUUUCCGCCCCUUAUGUUGUUUCUUUAUUGGUCUCUUGUGCAGGAAAAUGUCUCAUCGAUAUAGGAUAGAUAACACGUAUCAAAAGCAAAGUUGUGAGUGUGUGCAUGCUUGUGUGUGUGAGUGUGUGUGGAUGUGUGUGUCCACUCUGAAGUCUCCACUUAUUUGGGUUCCCAUUCCUAAACCUUCUUUAGAUGUAGGAAAGGACACUCUAAAUGUUAGAGUAGUAAUUUGUUCUCAUGUUCUCAAUCAACACACUAUCCAAUGUCAAAUUAACACACACCCAGAUUACAUCAGAUUACACUACUGGCCAAUCUCUCAAUAUAGAAGACAACCCCUUAACCCAGCCCUAGAUAUAUCAAUAUUCCACAAUAUUCUCUGAAUCCUGUCCCUACCACACUCUGUCCAUUUCCUUUGACAUCUUCUCAGCCCAGCACUCCACACACAGGAGGUCUACUUUAGCUUCUGUUCUACUUUGUGUUCAUUGUUCUGUCUUAUCAAGAUGUGUAGACUCUAUUCUGUACUUGCAUGUGGAGUCUCUCUUACAUUAUGUGAAAUUCACAGCCUUGUUGGUUUGCUUUGAGUAGCCUUAGCCCCCCCUCUGUGUUACAGAACACUACUGCACCCCCAAAAGAUCACCAGUAAGGUAGCAUUGUCCUCUGUUUUUCACUGCUUUCUUCAGAAAAUGUGACUUAAAUCUCACAUUAAGUAAAGGGCUUAUUUAUAUUUACAUUUAUACACACACUCACACAUCACAAAGACGGGUGUAUGGCUUGAGGUAUCUCAUUUGACACUGCAUGCUUAGGGAUACACCUUCAAAGGUAAGCGUUUGAUUACAAGGCGUUUCAUGUGUUGCUAUAUAGAAUGGGCAGGUGUAGGACCCAGUAUGGAGUAUGUUUAAAUGCGGCAGAGUAAGGUUGAGAAGCUCAGCGGUAGACUUUAGCAUUACUGUUCGCAAUAUGUUUAGCAAUAGCUGGAGGAAAAGGCGAUCUUUAAGGGCUGUUUUUGUUCUUUCAUUGUCCCGUUGUUUUCUAGAUAAUGAACUGAACUGAUGGAUAGGUGAGUCAGGUUCAGAUAGGUGAGUCAGGCCUAACAAAUGUCUGCUGAUUGCAGCAUUCUCCACUCUCAUGUCUGUCGAUUAUGUGUGUUUGCUGUAUAGCUAGGGCCGGCUUGCCAGAGUCUAUUAGUCAACCAUAGGUUCCAAAAAUGUAGAAACAAUUUCAAAAGGGGUUCUCCUCUUUUACAUCCAUUGCUCAUUUGUUGUUCCAUUCUCCAUUGUGAGGUCUGUCUGAUGUUUACUUGUGGUCUCACUCAUAUUCAUGACCUCCCGGAGAGUUGGGGAAUACAUUUAUAUUUUAGCAGACGCUCUUAUCCAGAGCGACUUACAGUUAGUGAGUGCAUACAUUUUCUCA